AGAAGUCUAUCUCACGAGUUCCCGUUUCGUGAAUCUCUCUCUUUCUCUCUCUCUCUCUUUGAACAAAGACGACGAAGACGAAGACGACGUACCACUGAUAGAAACCCUAGUUUUUUUUUUAAAUUCCGUCGAGGCGUAAUGUCGUCGGAGCUGCAGAUUUCGCCGGCGAUUCACGACCCGCAAGGUCAAGAGAAGCAGCAGCAAGCCGCCGGAGUCGGUAUUUUGCUUCAGAUCAUGAUGCUCGUCCUCUCUUUUGUACUCGGUCAUGUCCUUCGCCGUCAUAAGUUCUAUUAUCUACCUGAAGCUAGUGCUUCUCUCCUAAUCGGGCUGAUCGUUGGUGGUUUAGCGAACAUCUCGAACACGGAGACUAGCAUAAGGACAUGGUUCAAUUUCCACGACGAGUUCUUCUUUCUGUUUCUGCUGCCUCCCAUCAUAUUCCAGUCAGGCUUCAGUCUACAACCUAAACCUUUCUUUUCAAACUUUGGAGCCAUUGUCACUUUUUCAGUUCUUGGAACUUUUGUAGCUUCCAUGGUUACUGGAGUGCUAGUGUACCUUGGCGGUGUGAUGUUUCUCAUGUACAGACUUCCAUUCGUCGAGUGUCUCAUGUUUGGCUCUCUUAUCUCAGCCACUGAUCCUGUCACUGUAUUGUCGAUAUUUCAGGAACUUGGUUCAGAUGUAAAUUUGUAUGCCUUGGUGUUUGGAGAAUCAGUUUUAAAUGAUGCUAUGGCGAUAUCUCUGUACAGGACAAUGUCCUUGGUGAGAAGUCAUUCCUCUGGACAGAAUUUCUUUAUGGUGAUAGUCAGGUUUCUCGAAACGUUUGUCGGUUCAAUGUCGGCAGGCGUUGGAGUUGGAUUCACCUCUGCUCUACUAUUCAAGUAUGCAGGACUGGAUGUUGACAAUCUACAGAACUUGGAGUGCUGUCUCUUCGUGCUUUUUCCAUAUUUCUCAUACAUGCUUGCUGAAGGUCUCAGUCUAUCUGGCAUCGUAUCGAUCCUAUUUACAGGGAUUGUCAUGAAACAUUAUACCUACUCAAACUUGUCUGCAAAUUCUCAGCGAUUUGUGUCUGCAUUUUUCCAUCUGAUAUCUUCACUGGCAGAGACUUUUGUGUUCAUCUACAUGGGUUUUGAUAUUGCCAUGGAAAAGCAUAGUUGGUCACACUUGGGAUUCAUCUUAUUCUCUAUUUUAUUUAUCGUAAUAGCAAGGGCAGCUAAUGUGUUUGGUUGUGGAUAUUUGGUCAAUCUGGCACGACCUGCUCAUAGGAAAAUACCAAUGACGCAUCAAAAAGCACUUUGGUACAGUGGACUUCGAGGUGCUAUGGCUUUUGCUCUUGCUCUACAAUCUGUUCACGAUCUCCCAGAAGGACAUGGUCAAACUAUAUUUACUGCAACUACAGCCAUUGUUGUUCUGACGGUGUUGCUGAUUGGAGGAUCCACUGGUACAAUGCUUGAAGCCCUAGAGGUAGUAGGUGAUAGCCACGAUACAUCCUUAGGUGAUGGCUUUGAGGUGGUGAACAGUCGUUUUAUGAAUAGUUAUGAUGAUGAAGAUACACCGCCAGGAAGUGGAUUCAGGACAAAACUAAGAGAGCUCCAUAAGAGUGCGGCAUCAUUCACAGAACUAGAUAGGAACUACCUAACACCGUUCUUCACAAGUAACAACGGAGAUUAUGAUGAUGAGGGUAACAUUGAGCAACACCAUGAAGAGCGAAUACCAUUUACUAGAAGAGGAAGUGUAAAUAACCGCGGCUAAGUUUCGGAGACAAGAAAUCUAAUAGUUUUUUCAGCGGCAUAUAUAUGUACAUAAAACAAAGUGGAUGUAUGGGAGGAAGUAGUGACAAAGGAUUUGUUGUAGCUAGGUUUCUCUAUAAUAUGGGACUGUGUUGUUUGGUUUAAACCUCAAUGGAUAUCGUUAGGUUGAAACUAA